AUGGCUUUUGAACUGGACGAUCUGCUAAAGGAUGAUAAGAAAGAUGCGAAUUUGAUACCCGAUUUGAGCAAGGCGACCUGUAAUUCUUACGAGGAGUUCCGGCGACUCAAGGAACAUUGUCCGGAAUUUAAGAUCAAACCGGAAAAGGUAAAAAGAGAAGACAUCAAGGUCCGCGAUAAAGAUUUUUCUUGGAAAGCGACCAAGAAAGAGCUCAAAGCUAUCAGCAGGGAAUGGACUUACGGCGAUCCAGUUCCACCUGAUAUGAGGGAAUUGGAUCUGCAAGAGCUGCAACAAGUCGCCAUCGAUUGGCGAAUGCUGACUCCCAUCAGACCAAAGCUUCGUCAGGACGAAGAAAUGUUUUCGAGAUUGGUGGAGAUGGGCAAAUUACAGGCGAAAACCAUAAUAAAAGAACGUCGUUCGCUAACAAGCCCUAUUAGACGAAGUAAGAAUCGCGCGGGGAUAAUCGAAAGCAGCGUAAAAACCUGUAGAGAAUGCGGCGAGGAAUAUUGUUUCGGCGAAUUUUGCGGAGAUGUCCUCUACGACUCCUUUGUAAGAGUGGUCGUUACCAUCAAGCAGCCAAAGAUUAAAAUAUCCGCGGACACCGAGGCGAUAAUUGCCAACAUGGAACGCAAGAAAAAAAAGAAAAAGAAGAAAGGGAAGAAACGGGUCAAAAACAAGAAAUCGUCUAGAAAAUCCGCCAGAUUGUUGGUCAACGGUAAAAUGAGAAGAUCGAUAACGGAUCUUGAAAUUCAAACUGUCAAAACGAAAGUUAAUCAAGGACAAAAUGAGAAACCGGUGAAACAAUUUAAGAGAAAAUGUAGCAAAUAUACGAAGAAAGGCCUUUUACGCAAAUAACACAAAUAUAUAUAGUGAUUAUGAUAUUAAUGAGAAAAUUUGAAAAUCUAUAAAAAUUUCUUGCAUGUGCUCUAAAAAUACCUCAUAUAUCCAUUUGUAUAUGUAGAUUAUUCUUAUUAUACAAAAAAAGCUUUUCGAUAAAUAUUUAAAAGAUAUUAAUAAUUUAUAAAGAACAUAAUAGAAAAAUAUUUUAAUCAAGUAAAACGGUAAUUAUACAUGCGGCACCAAAAUUUUUGCUAUAAUCUACUUAUUAAGAAAAUAUUUGAAUAAGAUAUUAUAGAUAAGUAAAUAAGAAACGCAUAUGUAUAUGAAAAUAUAUAAUUAACUAGAACUAGAAUAUUAUAAAAUACGCGCUAUUGAAAAAUUAAAUACAUGAGACUAUGAUAGCUCGAUAAAUAAAAGGAAGAACCAACUCGAAAUGCUUUGCAUUUUACUAUUUGUCUGUGUAUUCUAUGAUUCCUCGAUAUAGGUAUAUACAAAUCGGAUAGGCGCAAUGUGUGUAUGUGAAUGCUCCCAAUUAAAUGCUGGAAAAAUAUAA